GGCGAAUCCUUUUUCAAAAAUCCUCCACAGAUCCAGUUGAGUUUGAACGACAUCUGACACAACAGCUGUUUCUCAUCAAUCAUCGUAGAUCCCGCCGACUGUGAGAUUUAUGGAUGAGCAGAGAGGCGAUGGCGAGUGAUGGAGAAAACCGAUUCCUUUUAGUUCUCUCGGUGUUCGCAAUAGUGAUAUUUAAAGGUGUUUCGUCCGAUAUCGGCGAAGAAGGUUUCGACGGAAGAAAUUUCAACAAAUUUAACGCUCAUCUUUACCGAUUCUCUCACGAUCAGUCAUUUUCGGAAUCUCAUAAUGCGCCACUGCAUCCCGUUGAAAAUCAUUUCUGGCGAAGUCCCGAAAAUCUUGGUGAGGUUUCCGGAGUCGCGGUAGAGCCGAGUGGAAAUCUCUUGAUUUUUCAUCGCGGAGAUCGAAUAUGGAAUUACGACACCUUCAAUGAGAAUGCAGAAUAUCAAGAGAAAUACAGAGGUCCCAUUCGUGAUAAUACAGUAUUAACGCUAGAUUCUAAAACCGGUGAUAUUAUUCAUGGUUGGGGAAAUCAGACGUUUUAUUUACCACACGGAAUUCAUGUUGAUCCCUUUGGAAAUAUAUGGUUGACUGAUAUUGCUCUCCAUCAAGUAUUCAAGUACUCAGCUUCUGGUGUUCCUCAACUGGUCCUCGGUCAAAGAUUCGAGCCUGGUAGUGACAUAAAUCAUUUCUGCCAGCCAACCUCAGUAGCGGUUUUACCGACUGGCGAAAUCAUUGUCGCUGACGGAUAUUGCAACAAUAGGAUAGUAUUGUUUGAUAAAGGAGGCAAUCCCAAAUAUACUAUUGACGAAAAUUGGCUUACUUUGAGAAUCCCACAUGCCCUGACAAUUUUGCCAAAUAGACAAGUAUGUAUCGCUGACCGAGAAAAUUGGCGAAUUGUGUGCCUGGACGUGACGUUUUCCGGAUUGAGUGAAAAUUUAAAACUCCCCUAUUCGAUUCAUCAUCCGCAUUUUGGUCGAAUAUUUGGAAUUGCGUCGUACCAUGGUUUUAUUUAUGCUGUGAAUGGUAUGACAUAUAGAAACGUACAAAUUAAAGGUUUCACCAUCGAUCCCUUAAAUCAGAACGUAACCGGAUUUUGGGGCCCAGAAUCUUCAUCUUUCACAAUGCCCCACGCCAUCGCUGUAUGCCCAUAUGGGACAGCCCUUUACGUAUCAGAAAUUGGACCAAACAAAGUAUGGAAGUUUGACCUGAUAACUAAAUCUAACUAAGGUUAAACUAACGCAGGUGUUAAACGACUGGUAUUACAACUGAGAACGAUCGUCUGAUGCUAUUUACACUUAUAAUUCUGGAGACCAGAAAACAAAUUCAUGAAAAACAGUGAAAUACAAUCGUUCUCUUCCAGCCUCAUUAAUCGCAGAAUAUAAAAAAAAUGAUAAGAAAAUAUUUUUUUAUUCGCUUUCUAAUUUAACAUCUGUUAUAACUAUAUUAAUAGCCGCGAUCCGAUUUACGCUUACAUUGAAAUGUUCACGACUCCUCACAGGAAGAAUUGAUCCCUUUGUAUUUAAUAAACUCAAAUAAAUGAACCUAAGUUUCUGUGGAUA